AUGGUGAUUUCUGACACAAAAUCGGGCCUGACUGUGGCAUUAGCGAUAGCCCGGCCCGAAUCGAUAUUGCUCUCUCCAAACAAAAGGAGGCUGCUGAAGAAGCUCGAGAGUACCUUUGAAAAUGGGCUGAAGAUCAAUAAUCUUCUGGACACAAUGCGGGCUUCCUCCCCAACACGUGGGCCCACGGAUCGCAUUGAAGAUCAAAAUUCAUGGACAAUUCUCCAUCCAUCGGCAUUGAGCAAGUUUGACGAGAUUAUGAAAGUUUCAAUGGGGAAACAAAUAGUCGUCUUCUUGGAUUAUGAUGGCACUUUAUCGCCUAUUGUUGACGAUCCGGAGAGUGCUUUCAUGACAGCUGAGGUGUACAACUUUGUGAGAUUGUCGGAGCUUUAUUACGCGGGAAGCCAUGGGAUGGACAUCAAGGGACCAUCAAAAGGACACACAAAAGGAAAUCAGAUUAUCCUCUGCCAGCCUGCCACAGAAUUUCUGCCCAUCAUUCAUGAGGUAGAGAAAUCAUUGUCAGAAGAAAUCAAACAUAUUCCAGGAGCAAACAUUGAGAACAAUAAGUUUUGUCUGUCUGUUCACUACCGUUGCGUGGAGGAAAAGAGAUGGAUUGAAUUAGGUGAUAAAGUGAAAUUAGUAAUGAAAGACUAUCAACAGCUUAGGCUCAGUCAAGGAAGGAAAGUAAUGGAGAUUCGUCCCAUGAUUAAAUGGGACAAAGGAAAUGCACUCGAAUUUUUGCUAGAAUCUUUAGGCUUUGCAGAGUCCAACGAUGUUUUUCCAGUCUACAUAGGCGAUGAUCGAACCGAUGAAGAUGCAUUCAUGGUUUUGCGAGAUAGAGGACAAGGCUUAGGGAUUCUCGUGUCCAAAGGCCCUAAAGAAACAAAAGCCUCCUACACUUUGCAAGAACCACUCGAGGCAAGUCAUGCAGUUAUGCACUUUCUUAAUCGCUUAGUUGAGUGGCACAAGAGAUUAAAACCUUAAUUAGCAUAUAUGUAUAUAUGCUCGUGAGAUGCAUGAAAAGAAAGAGUGCAAACCCACCGAAAAUUUCGUGAUUAACUAUUUUAGUUGCUCGAACUACAAUUUCAGUAUG